AAUAAUAUGAAAACGAGAUUCGGUCUCUUCCGGGUCAGUCAUUAUGCCUAUGAAAAAGAAAGGGAAAAAGAAGGUGGCAGCAGCCCCAUUAGUGGCCAAAAAAGUUGCUGAACCUAAAAAAGUCGUUAACCCCUUGCUUGAAAAGAGACCACGAAACUAUGGAAUAGGUCAAGAUAUUCAGCCUCAACGUGACUUGAGUCGCUUCGUAAGAUGGCCCAAAUACAUCCGUCUCCAGCGUCAAAGAGCAGUGUUGAUGCAGAGACUGAAGGUCCCUCCACCAAUCAACCAAUUCAGUGGUUCACAGGCCCUUGACAGGCAGACAGCUACUCAGUUGUUCCGUCUGAUGGAUAAGUACAAGCCUGAAUCCAGACAGCAGAAAAAGGCUCGUCUAAAAGCCCGGGCUGAGGAGAGGGCUGCAGGAAAGGAGGACAAGCCUACCAAACGACCCCCUGUCAUGAGGUCAGGGGUCAACACAGUGACUGCCUUAGUGGAGCAGAAGAAAGCUCAGCUGGUUGUCAUUGCCCAUGAUGUUGACCCAAUUGAAAUUGUUAUAUUCCUACCAGCUUUGUGCAGGAAGAUGGGAGUACCAUACUGCAUUGUGAAAGGAAAGGCAAGGUUGGGACGUGUAGUGCACAGGAAGACUACCACGUGUCUGGCCUUCACCAAUGUCAAUUCAGAGGAUAAAAAUGCACUGAAUAAACUGUGUGAGGCUGUAAAGACCAACUUUAAUGACAGAUACGACGAGAUUCGUCGACAUUGGGGAGGUGGUCAGAUGGGAUCUAAAUCUCAAGCUCGCAUUAACAAACUUGAAAAAAUCAAGGCUCGUGAACUUGCCCAGAAAAUGGGAUAAAAGACUGGAUAAUAAAUAAUGGCUGAAUAGC